ACAUAGGAGUAUUCCUACCCCACAAGGCCAAAACAGAUCUAGAUUGUGGUGCUGAGCUUCCGUACCAAGAGAUGGCCGCAUUAUUUGCAGCCAUGGCCGUGGAAAGGGCGCUGGACAACCUCUCCUCCUUGCUGCCGGCGACCCCGACCUCGACGCCUUUGGCAGCCGCGGCCGCGAGCGGGGGCCUAGAGGAUCUGCGGAUGCUGGAGCCGACCAUGGGCAGGAUCCACGCGGCGCUGCACGACGCGGAGCAGCACUGGAACCUCCGCGAGGAAUCCGCCAAGCUGCGGCUCAAGGAGCUCAAGGACCUGGCGUACGAUGCGGAGGAUGUGGUCGAGGGGUACGAGUACCAUGUGAGCCGCUGCAGGGUGGAGGACUUGGACCGGUCUCGGUCUGCCGCCGUUCUUCUUCUUCAAGCUGCUGGCAGCGGCAGCAACAAGCGCAAGCGCCAACAGGUACAAGACGAGCACUACUCCAUCGAAGCUGGCAUAGUUCCAGUUCCAAAUGAGUUAGCCCUUAGAGCAAGGAAAGUUAUAGAGAGAUUUACUGAGAUCAAAGACUACUCUGAUAGUUUCAGCCUGUCAGAGAAUGACGGGGAGCGAAAAUUUGUUCCUGAUAUCCGCAGUGUGCGGCAGACUGGCUCUAUUGUAUAUGCCCCAAGAAUUCUGGGAAGAGAGAAAGACAAGGAGGAAGUCAUUGAAAAGCUGAUGUCGAGGUCCCGUGAAGAAAACCGUUUUGGAAGGCAUAUGUCUGUCUUGGCCAUUGUUGGUAUGGGAGGAUUGGGGAAAACAACACUAGCGCAGCUUGUGUAUAAUGACACAAGGGUGUGCCAAUCUUUUGACCUUCGCGCAUGGGUCUGCGUGUCAGAGUAUUUCGAUGUGGAGAACAUCACACGAAAAAUCGUCACUUCGCUAACCCGGAACAGCUGUGAUCAUAUACAAGAUUGUGAACUGCAGGGGGCAUUUGUAGACCUGGUGAAGGAGAAGAGGCUUUUCCUUGUUCUGGAUGACGUAUGGAAUGAGCGAAGGGACUACUGGGAGCUGUUGUGCAUGCCAAUGUUGGCGUCUAGGCAAUGCGACAUUAUAGUGACCACGCGAAGCAAGGCAGUAGCAAGAUUGGUGCAAACAAUGCCAUUCUACAACCUAAACUGCUUAAGUCCUGAUGAGAGCUGGUCAUUGUUCAAGCAAACAGCAUUUGUUGAGCAAGAAGUUGUCACUCCAGCGAACUUGGUAGAGAUUGGCAGAAGCAUUACUGAAAAAUGCAAGGGGUUACCUUUGGCAAUCAAGACUCUAGGGAGCAUAUUUCGCUAUGAAACCAACGAAACAAAAUGGAGAGAUGUCUUAGAAAGUGAGCUGUGGGACUUAAAGCAGUCACGGAACGAGGUUUUGCCAGCCUUGGAGUUGAGCUAUAAGUACAUGCCCGUGCACUUGAAACGUUGCUUUGUUUCCCUUUCUCUAUAUCCAAAAGAUAUUUACCUUGAUGAAAACAGGGUUAUUUUAUUGUGGAAAUUACUUGAUUUACUUCACUAUGAUGGAAAUAAUAACGUGGAUGAAAUUGGAAGUUUAUAUUUUAAUGAAUUAGUCCAGCGAUCAUUGCUUCAAAAUUAUAUCGACGGACAGAGGGUCAUGCAUGAUCUCAUCCAUGAUCUUGCAUGCUUUCUUGCUGGGGAAGAGUUCUUUAGACUUGAAGGAGAUAAACCAAUAUAUGAAAUUCCACGGGAUGCUCGCUAUAUGUGCAUGGUGCCAGAUCGUGAGAAGAGUAUUCAGAUAUCAAAUGCCUCACAAUCUCUCAGAGCAAUCAUAAUGACCGGGAAUAUUGUUUUCAAAAAUCCAGAAGCAUUGUUUUUGAAAUGCAGGAAGUAUCGGAUCAUUCACAUCGAACAGGUCUGUGUUGCGAAGGCAUUACUUGACUUCGUGGAUGGCAUGAAACUACUACGCCAUUUCACACUAUAUGGAGAUCCUGAACAAUUAGUACUUCCUAACUCUUUCUUCCAGCUAUUUAAUUUGCAUACCCUGAACUUUGGAGCAGAUAUGCUACACGGGAUUGGGCGCUUAGUUAACUUGCAUACCUUGCCUGAAGUACAUCUCAGCAAAUGUGGUUGCUCCUUUAACAUAAGAGAGCUGAGGAAUAUGAACAAAAUAAGGGAGCUGUGUAUGAGUGGACUGUGUAAUGUGAGCAUCAGAGAUGCAAAUGAAGCACAUUUACACAGUAAAAAGAACCUCGAGAUACUAGAAUUGAACUUCAAUGUAUGGAAAAGUUGUGGAAUACACACAGAGAGAUCUGAUCGUAAUCAAGCUAUUGUUACAGUAUCUGGUGUCCAAUUACUUGAGAGCCUACGGCCACAUCAUCAAAGCCUCAAAGUACUGAAGUUAAAAAAUUUUAAUGUUGAGAUAUAUCCAAGUUGGUUGGGUAGUACUUCGUUUUCCAAGCUAACCGAGCUACUGUUACACAAUUGUCAAUCUCAGCAGUGUCCAACGCUUGGUGAACUACCUUCCCUCAAAUCCCUUCAGAUAUGUGGAAUGGAGUAUGUCGAGCACAUUGGCCGGGAGUUUUGCAGCCUUGAUCCAAGAGUCAAAGGAUUCCGCUCAUUGAAGGAAUUGACGUUCCAAGAUAUGUAUCGGUUGUCAGAGUGGUCUGGAGUGGAGGACGGUGAGUUUCCACAUUUGGAAACCAUUUGGAUCUGGAGUGCCUAUGAAUUGAGGUGUCUUCCUGUGGUGCCCUUCUCGUCCUUGCUCAAUUUCAACCUGUAUGAUUGCAGAAAUCUUGCCACAGUUCCGGCCUCAGCUACCCUUCGUGAACUAAACAUCUCGAAUUGUCUUAGCCUGAAUGAACUGCCUGCCCUCCCGUCACUCCGGUUUCUCGGGAUCUUCAAGUGUCCAAGCCUCGUAACAUUUGAUCACUUCCCCUCACUGACCGUCUUGUAUCUGCAUGCUCCAUUCAAAGAAGAGUUACUUUACAGACUGGUAAAUUCCCACUUAUCUCUUGAAUGCUUAUCAGUGUGGUCUGAUGCUUUGAUGUCCAUCCAUCUUGAGCCCCAAAGCCUGCCGUCACUUGCACAGCUUGAGUUACGCGGCUGUAAUUUACAGUACUGCGACAAACUUGGAAGCUUCACUUCCCUGAAGAAACUAAAUGUUUGUGGUUCCCCACGGCUUCAUGUCCCUGAUUCGCUUCGAAGCCAAUUGGAGGAACUAAUUGAUCUCAAAUCCUUCUAAUCAUGGUGAUCCAUAUAUAAGCCACUCUCACUUUCUUACUAAUAGUCGUCACUUCACUUCUGGAUGGUUAUUGAUUUGCAACCAACAUGGCUAUACACACAUUUAUGUUCCAAUGGAUAUGUUUAUUUGCGUAAUGACCACGAUUCUUCACAGUGGGGAUUACUACUCAGGCAAGGAAUCUUUUCUUUUAGCUGGGACAUAGCCAUGUUUGGUUUGGUACCAUCUCGCCGCUCGGGUCAGGAAAGAAACUUCUCUAGGACACUUUUAACCCUGGUGCGGUGGGCCUAUGUACUCGUACUUGCUCUGUCAUCUAUGUGUGAUCAAAUUAUAUGCAUGUGCCACUUUUGAUCUUUUGGAAAAGACAAUUAAUCCAAAGCCCAUCCAGCAAUCC